UGAAUCGACUUUUAAAGCGUGAGUUGUAUAAAAACAUAUGAUUUAAACACAUAAGCACGAGGCUUUAAAGGUGUUUCGUAAAAACACCUGGACGACAUGUUGUUUCCGGUGGUACUAUCAAUAUUCAUCUCAUUUUCUCUGGGGGAAUUAUUUGAAGGAGACAUUCUGCUCACUCCUGAUCAAAAAAAGAUCAUUGAAAGUGCAUCAACGGAAGCAUAUGCUGGCGUAUUAAAAUCUGGAAGAUGGCCAAACCCUUUACCUUACGAGAUCGAUACAUCUUUAGACAAAGAUACACGGACGUUAGAGGGUAUAAAAUUAGCAAUUGAGGAGUUGGAAAACAAGACUUGCCUAAGAUUUAAAAGAAGAACAACUGAGGUUGCAUACUUGAACUUCACCAAAAGCACCAAAAACAAAUGUUACAGCUCAACUGGAUACGUGAAGUCUUAUCCUCGGGAAAUUUCGUUGAAGUCAUGGUGUGCCGCAAAGGGAUGGGUGUUGCAUCACAUGAUGCACGUGCUUGGUUUUAUGCACGAAAGCAAUAGACCAGAUCGUGAUGCUUUUGUUAAAGUAGUUUGGGACAACAUAGCUCUUGAAAAUCGCCGAUAUUUUAAACGUCGUGACGCCUACGCAAGCAAUGCACGUUAUUUCAACAUACCCUAUGAUUAUGACAGUAUUACACAUCCGUCAAGAUACUGGAUGGGAAAUUAUUCUGUUACUCUCAUCACAAAAGAUUACUACAAACGACAUGCCAUUGGUCAACGACGUGGUCUUAGUUCUUUAGAUGCUUUAUCUAUCAAUCUUUUAUACAGAUGCCCAGGUACAACCAAACCACCUAGCACAAUUCCGCCCGAUCAAACGGAUGCACCUCAACCAGAGCUAAAGCCACACCAACAAACUAAGCAUAUCUGUGGUCAUCUCAAGGAUGACAUCAAAUGUCCAUUUGGUUAUGUCAUGUGGAUUGAGGAUGCAAUGUACGGUCGUCAAAAUGAUCAAGUAUGUAGUUAUGGAAGAACUACAGAUACAAAUUGUUCAGCACCAGGAGUAUUUCAAAAGGUAUCUGACAAAUGUCACGAUAAGAUGGAAUGUCGCUUGUUUGCUUACAACAGAGAAUUCGGAGAACCUUGUAAGGGAACAUUCAAAUAUCUAGAAGUGAAAUAUCGAUGUGUCACAAUAGAUACGAUGUGCUUUCUAUCUGGUAAAACCAUAUCCUGUCCUGAAGGUCAAGUGUUAAAAAUUCUCAGCGCUAUGUAUGGACGUCAAUCAAAACAUACCUGUAAGACAAUUCUCGCGUAUAACUUUAACUGCAAAGCUGAAAAUUCAUUGGAGGUAACUAAAAAGUUAUGCGAGGGAAAGCAAAGCUGCAAAAUAAGGUCGUCCACGUCUAUUUAUGGCGAUCCAUGUCCGGGUACCUUAAAAUAUUUACAAGUUCGUCACCAGUGUGUUCUGCCAGAUCAACUGUAACAAAGUUGGACCUACAAAAAGUAAAUCAUUAGUUUGAAUUGGAGAAUAUAUAUCCACUUAUAAUAA